AUGGCGGAGAAUGACCUCACCGCCUCGCCGGAGUCGACCACACCAACGGCCAGGAUCAUCUGCGAGAUCCUCUUCCGUCAAUCCCCUCACCAAAUCUGCCCCGCCCUCGCCUCCACCGGAAUCGUCCCUACUCUCGACCUCAUCCUCGAAGUCCUCACCCUCUCCUACGACUACCCCUUCUCCGCCAUCAAGUUCUUCCAAUGGGCCGGCCCAGCCCAAAACCACUCCCCCGCCGCCUGGAACAUCAUCGUAGACCUCCUCGGCCGCAACCGCCUCUUCGAUUCCAUGUGGGACGCCAUCCGCUCCAUGCGCGACCAAUCCACUCUCUCCCUCUCCACCUUUUCCUCCGCCUUCGCCAACUACGCCUCCGCCGCACGCUUCGACGACGCCGUCAUGACGUUCCAGGUCAUGGACAAGUACGGCGUCCCGCCACGCGUCGCCGCCGCGAACUCGCUCCUCAGGGCCAUGUGCACCCAAAACGGCGGCGUUUCGAGGGCGUUGGAGUUUCUGGAGACGAUGAAGGGGAGCGAGGAGUUCGGCCCUGAUGGGGACUCGUUCGGGAUUUUGCUGGAAGGUUUGGAGAAGGAAGGAAACUCGGCAAGGGCGAAGACGGUGUUUGGGGAGAUGGUGGUGAGAGUCGGGUGGAGCCCGGCGCACGUUCCGGCUUACGAUGCUUUCUUGACGGCGCUCGUGAGGGGCGAGGAAAUCGAGGAGGCUGUUAAGUUCUUGGGAGUGAUGAACAAGAAUGGCUGCUUGCCAGGUUUGAGAUUCUUGUCGAAUGCUGUUGAUAUUCUUGUUAAGAAAAAGAGCGGCAAGAAUGCUAUAUUGGUUUGGGAUAUUAUGGUUGGUAAUGGGUUGCUGCCUAAUUUGGCAAUGUAUAAUGCUAUGAUUGGGUUGAUGUGUGAUUGUAAUGAGGUGGAUCGUGCAUUUCAGCUACUUGAUGAGAUGGUGUUCAAUGGUGCUUUCCCUGAUUCUGUUACUUAUAAUGCUAUAUUCAAGUGCUUGAUUAAGAACAGCAGGGUUCGCGAGGCGGGGAAGUUCUUUGUCGAGAUGGUGAAGAAUGAGUGUCUGCCGACACAUUUUAAUUUUGCUGCGGCCAUCACCAUGUUUUUCGAUGGGGAUGACCCUGAAAUGGGGGUUGAGAUCUGGAACUUUAUGGUUGAGAACUGUGUGGAGCCGCUUGAUGUUGCUGCCAAUGCCUUGCUUUUGGGUCUUUGUAAGUUAGAUAGGUUGUCCGAGUUGAAGAGGUGUGCUGAUGAUAUGCUCGAUAGGAGGAUCAGCGUUUAUGAAUCGACUAUGGCGAGGUUGAAGAGUGUUUACUAUAAAGAUGGCAGAGGUGCUAAGGAUAAAUAUGAUGGCUUGGCAAGAAGGUGGAAGACGUCACUGGCUCGUUAG